AACGUCGUCCCCCUCCCCCUCCAACCCUAAUCUCUCUCUCUCUCUCUCUCUCCCCUCUUCCAUGACUUCACGCACCGACGACGACGUUUCCAGAAUCGCCGCCUUCUACUCUCACCCCGCCGGCGGCGGCGGCGUCGAAGACUCCUCCGACCCUACAAAACCCAACCACGCCACUCCGAACGGGAAACGCACCUCCAAGAGGCUAAAACACGCCUCCGUCGCUGCCGCCGCCACCUCCGCCACCGUCGAAUCUCCCGGCAGCUGCAGCGGAGAGAACCGGAGGGACCGCGAGGAAUGGAGCGACUCGGCGAUCGACUCGCUGCUUGAGGCUUACACGGGCAAGUACACGCAGCUGAACCGAGGGAAUUUAAGGGGGAGGGAUUGGGACGAGGUGGCGGAGAUCGUCAGCGAGAGGUCAGGCGACAAGCAGAAGCUGAGGAAGAGCGUGGAGCAGUGCAAGAACAAGAUUGAUAACUUGAAGAAGAGGUACAAGGUUGAGCUCCAGAGGGUGAACAGCGGCGGGCUGGCGGCGAGUAACUGGCAUUGGUUUAAGAAGAUCGAGCCGAUUGUUGGGAAUUCAGGGUCGGUGAAGAGCAGCGGUGAUGAUGAGGAUAAUAGUAGGUCUGGGGGAGGGAAUUCCGGUUAUAUGCUUAGGCAACCAAAGAGAUAUCCAUCCAAUAGUGUUGCCUUUGUAAACAAUAUGAAAUCCAAAUCAAUGCCCAGCCCUAAAUGGCAUAGAGUGGUCUUCAAAAUCAGUGGUACUGCAUUGGCGGGCAAUUGUCAAAGUAUUGACCCCAAGGUGGCAUCACAGAUUGCUAGAGAAAUAUCAACAGCUUGCCGCCUUGGUGUAGAGGUGGCUAUUGUUGUUGGAGGUCGUAACUUCUUUUGUGGAGACUCGUGGGUAUCAUCUACUGGUCUUGAUAGACCUUCAGCAUAUCAAGUUGGCAGUAUGAUGGCAACAGUUAUGAAUUCUGUACUGCUUCAGUCGGAAUUUGAGAAGCUGGGAGUUCAGACACGCGUGCAAAGUGCAUUUCCAAUGCCUGAGGUUGCUGAACCCUAUUGCAGGCUACGAGCUAUCCGUCAUCUGGAGAAAGGAAGAGUCGUUAUCUUUGGUGGUAUUGGAGGUGGCACAGGGAAUCCACUCUUCACUACUGAUACAGCAGCAGCUCUGAGAGCUUCAGAAAUAAAUGCAGAUGCAGUUCUUAAAGGUACAAAUGUUGGUGGCAUAUACGAUCACAUUUCGUUCAGGGAUGUAGUUUCUAGGGGUGUUACCCCCAUGGACAUGAUGGCAAUACAAUACUGCGAAGAGAAUGAAAUUUCGGUUGUGGUCUUUAACCUGCUCGAGCCAGGGAACAUUUCUAGAGCAUUAUGCGGUGAACCGGUUGGCACCUUGAUUGACCAAACAGGAGCAAUUAGUUGAUGCGUUUUGGAACACCAUGAAUUCUAAUGCUUUGAAGCCUGGUGCUGUCUUGAUUGGGAGCGCCUCCAGUUUAUUAUCGGUAAACUAUGGGAUUCUGACAGCAAAAUAACUUCUCGGAUAGUUAAUACAUGACGAAGAGAUGCCAUUGUUACAUAAAUGAGUUGGGGAAGAAGCUUCGCUUCCGCUGUUUCCGUUGGAUGGUAGAAGGUUGGAUUUUGGCAGAACUUCUUAAUGUUCAGUUCGCUAGACUGUUGUAUUACUAUUGGUUGCAGAUGUAGUCUCCUUGUAAAUUGUUGUGCUAGUGAUUUUCUUAGUUUUACAAGUUGGGAGAAGAGGUGGUCCCCCGAAAUGUAAUCAUAAUGUAUUUAUAGCUGCCCUUUUAAUUAAGUCAAUAAGAAAAAGUUCAAUGUUCAAAACACAAA